GCUCUGGCGCAGGGUCUGGAGGGAGAUCUCCUCGUGCUUGACCUGGAUUGGGAGGCGGGAGCUAGGGGAGACAGGGCGAGAGUGCCGCGAGGCAGAUCGAGAUGCAAGGGUGCUUCGGGGUCCGAGCGGGUGUUGCGCUCGUCGGAUCGCUUUGUAGCGCGGAUAGUCUUCUGGGAUCGAUCGGGGGGUUCGGUUCGGGCACGGUUGCUGCUCGCAACGGUAGAUGAUAGUCUCAGGACCGUCUGGGAUGUAGACGUCGAUAAGGUCCUGAGAGUCGAAUGCGUGAACUUGGCCUUGACAGGCAGCCACGUUGGAUGGGGGGGAGGACGGGAAGGUGCGCGUACUACAAAAGGCCGUGGCAGGCUGUGCACGUUGGUCCGUGCGCAGCUGGUCUGUGCGCAGCAUGCCGACGCGGCCCCGGGGGCCGGUGAGUCAGAGCGGCUGCGUCAGCGGGGCCCGAGCUGUGCCGUGCACUGCCGUCCUAUCUAA